AUGGAAGAAGCAAACAUCCCUUUCUUUCAUGUUGAUAUUGCAUCUGAAGUUUUGUCACGAUUGUCUGUGAAGGAUCUUUCUUCAAGCAAGUGUGUCUCUAAAGGAUGGAAUUCGUUUAUUAGUAGUCCUUCAUUCUUGCAUAUACUUUCUAAACGGUUAGAACGAGAAGGACCUUCUGGGCUUUUCUUUCAAAUGUUCAAGGAUAAUGUGGAUUGUGUUUCUAGACCUAUCAAAUACAUUCCUAUUCACAAGAACAAAUCAUUCAUCCAAAAUAACAUAUUGAAUUUUCUUCCAGAGGAAGUUGUUAUCAUGUCUUCGUGUAAUGGGCUUCUCUGUUGCCGGAGUUGCAUCCAUCCUAUUGAUGACAUUUAUAGAAGAGCGAAAAAUCGGGAGGCAAAGGAACUGGUGAUAUACAUUUGCAACCCAAUGACUAAAGAAUGGAUUGCAUUGAAGCCAGAAGGGUGUGUUGUUGGUGAUAGCAUUGGGUUAGCUUUCUAUCCAUUUGGUUAUUCAUUAAACACUUGCCCUUUUUACAAGUUGGUAAGCAUUCAACAAUCAAAAGUGGAUCCACAUUUGUAUUCAUUUGCAGUGUACUCCUCACAGACAGGUAGUUGGACAACUUCUAAAGAGGUUUGCCAUUGCAGAUAUCAAAUUUACAAAAACAAUAAAGUUUUCGUUGGCAAGAUGUUCAAUUGGCUAACUCAGAACCACCAUAUUUUGAGUUUUGACGUCGAAAGAGAGCUUUCUAAGGUGAUUAAGUUACCUGGUGAAGCUUCAAGGUCACUUAAUCUUGGAUGUUCAGAAGGAUAUCUCCAUUAUUUGUGUGUGCAUGGUGAAGAUUUUAGUGUGUGGAUGUUGAAAGAUUAUUCCUCAUCUGAGUGA